CCGGCGUCAGACUCUGUCAGGGUCUCGACUGGAUCUUGACUCACACUAACAAUCCAAAGCCGCCGCCUUGAUGACACACACACAGCAUUCUCACCGCACCCUUGUCUGAGUCAAAGACGACCAUGCCUAGCAUCUUUACUUAAAUACCUUACCUAACCAACGAGUCUCUACCCUGCGGUCCACGUCGCAGGUCACACGACCAAUCAUGGAGGAAGUGGUCACAUACACAUCCGGGGAUAUUUCAUCACCGCCUGAUGUUCGUCUAGUACAUUUCAACGACGUCUACCAUCUGGAUGCCUCAUCUGCUGAACCUGUCGGUGGCAUUGCCCGAUUUCAGUCUGUCGUCAACUACUAUCGCUCUGAUGAGAGGUUCAAGGACCAGCCGAAUCUCCUCACCUUUUUCUCGGGCGAUGCCUUCAAUCCGAGUCUCGAGAGCAGUGUCACUAAAGGAAGUCAUAUGGUGCCAGUUUUGAACAAUAUCGGUACGGACGUUGCUUGUGUCGGGAAUCAUGACUUGGAUUUCGGCAUUCGCCAGUUCAGGAGUCUCGCUUCUCAGUGCACUUUCCCUUGGUUGCUUGCAAAUGUACUAGAUCCAGCCCUCGGCGACGAUGUCCCCCUGGGCAAUGCAACCAAGACCAUAAUGCUCACGAGUUCCAAUGGGAUCAAGAUCGGCGUGAUUGGAUUGGUGGAGAGAGAAUGGUUGGACACCAUCAAUUCCUUGCCUCCAGAUCUCAUCUACAAAUCGGCUUCGGCCACCGCCAUGGAGCUCGUACCGGGUCUGCGAGAGCAAGGUGCCGACAUCAUCGUUGCAGUGACCCAUCAACGAGAGCCAAAUGACAAUAAACUCGCGGCCAAGACUCCUGAUGGACUCAUCGACCUGAUUCUCGGUGGCCACGAUCAUUUCUAUCAGCACAAUUUGAUCAACAGUACCCAUGUGCUCCGGUCAGGGAGUGACUUUAAACAACUGAGUUAUCUCGAAGGCCGAAGACAGCCGGCGAAUCCUAAAAAAUGGACCUGGCAGAUUGUCAGGCAAGAUGUUACAUCUGCUGUUCCCCAAGACCCAGACACGGUGAAGCUAGUCGACACGCUGACAGCCAAGCUUAAGGUCAAGUUGGAAAAACCAUUGGGGUUUACUGCUGCCCCGCUAGACGCAAGAUUUACCACGGUUCGGCUCAAAGAGUCCAAUGUGGGUAACUUUGUAUGCGACAUGAUGAGAGCUCACUAUUCGGGCGAUUGUUGUAUCAUUGCAGCUGGAACCAUCCGAGGCGAUCAGAUCUACCCACCUGGAGUGUUGAAGUUGAAGGACAUUAUGGACUGCUUUCCGUUUGAAGAUCCGACCAUUGUCAUACGAAUCACCGGCGCCGCAGUGUUGGCGGCCAUGGAAAAUUCCGUGUCAACUUACCCAGCUCUAGAAGGACGGUUCCCUCAAGUGUCCAACAUCUCAUUCGAAUUUGACCCAUCUCUCCCACCUAAUCAUCGUAUCAAGUGGCUCAAGAUCGGCAACCAGCCCGUCGACCUGGAAAAGAAGUACGUUGUUGUCACGCGAGGUUACAUGGGGCGCGGUAAAGAUGGAUUCGACUCGCUCCUCGUGCAAUCUGAAGGCGGGGAGGCUGAAGAAAUCGUUUCAGAAGAGAAUGGAAUCCUUAUCAGCAUGAUGUUACGACAGUAUUUCAUGUCGUUGAAGAUUCUUGGCAGAUGGAAGCAUUGGAGCAAGAGUAUGAAUCGACAUUGGGAAGGGGUUCAUGAAGACCUCCAUUCGAUGCAUCCAGUGAUUGAGCCAAACCUCCAGACUGGCAGAGACCAAAAGUCUGAUACUACUGCCGCCGCCUCCACCAAUACCACCAACACCCAAGAAGCUGGAACGACGACACCACUUGACGACUCGGAGGAUGAAGAAGGACAACAUCGCAUUCCCGUGUCGAUUCCCAAGUGGAAUGAGAAGGAACUGCAGAUUAUUAGAAGGGUGACCCGCAAAUGGCGACGAUUGGCAGGACUCAAGGGUCAUUCUAGCUGUUGUGAUAACGUGGCAGAAGACGAGUUCACGGUGGACUGGACUCGAGCCAUUGUACCAAGACUGGAAGGUCGCAUCCAAAUCACAUCGUCCAGUUAAGAUGAUGAUCUCUGCAGGGCUGUUGAUAUAUCUGGCGAUGGGAACAAGAUCCAUCCAUCGGCCGUAGCUGUUGUGUUUAGGGUUGGACAGGCGGAAAGAUGUAUUGACGAACGUUUGCUCACUCGAGAGAUCUUGGUGUCUCGAUAUGAGUCCUGUCGAUAGUUAGCACAGCCUAGUCCCAAUAACGACCAUGCAACACUUCAUCAGUAGCCAAGGUCGUUGUC